AUUGUGCUCGCCAGUAUGCAUAAAUAUCAACCUCGUCUGCAUAUCAUUCGCACCUCGGACCUCACGCAGCUACCUUGGGCCCCGCAGAAGGCUUUCGUUUUUCCAGAGACGGAGUUCGUAGCAGUAACUGCCUAUCAGAAUGAUCGUAUUACAAAAUUGAAGAUUGACAACAACCCAUUCGCUAAAGGAUUUCGCGAAACAGGUCAAUCGCGCUGCAAACGUAAGCUAAGUGCGUUGAGUGGUGAUGAACAGGAAGUGGGCGACAGUCCGCCUAGUCCCAGUAAGAGCUCACUUGCCAGCCUCGAAGAUGACCGCAUCAGCGUGACAAGUGGUCAAAUGGAUUCGCCAACAACAAAACGUUGUCGCUCAAUUGAAUCGAGCGAUGACGAAAGUUAUUCCAACUGGCAUAGCUGUGGAACUCGCUCACCUUACCAUGACGAAGCUACUAUCUACUCGGCGAUGGCAAUGUACCAGCGCGAGUAUAUGCAGCCGCAGCUUUUAAGUCCUUCGCCACUAGAUAUUGCGGCAGCCACUUGUUUCGCCGCCACGGCUCACGUCAAUCCUGCCGUUGUCGGAAGAGUAAAUGGAAUGCAAUCUUUGCUGAUUCCGCUGCCACAUCAGCCUUAUCCAGACACACAUUUGCCACGCUCACAUUUCUUAGCGCAUUUACCUCAGGUCGCAACAACUUUCCCCCCUACAACGCAUGCAACGGAGGCGUCCACCACAGAGGCACCACAUUUAAAUGAGGGGCGAAAUGUUGCCGAUUCGGCUGUGAUAUUGUCCGAAGCAACCAGACCUCGCAACGAAGUUGGAACGGAAUCACAAAAGGCGAAGCGUAAUAACUUUAGCAUUUCGGCAAUAUUGGCUUUCUGAAGAGAAUCGCCCGCCCCUUCCCAGUAAACGGAGCACGCUUGUGAAUUUUUCCAAAAGUGCCGAAUGCUCUUUCAUACAUACAUACAUACAUAGUUAUAUACAUACAUGCAUGCAUAAUAUGUAUUAUGUAUGUAUGUACUAUGUACUUAUUAUGAUUAGGAAAUAAGUUUCAUGUAUGUAGUAAUUGUAAAUAUGUAAAGUCUCUAACCUGAAUAA